GGCUCCGCGUGCAGCGCAGCGGAGUCGCUCGCAGCGCGGGGAUGAAGCGGCACGCAUUCAAUACACGUGAGGCGUCAACUUUACCAUGUUCGCUGCCCGUGUUCGCGUCUGAGCCGCCGGAGGAGACUCCGUCCGCCGCGGGUCCGCUCGUGGGAGACAAGUUCAGGUUCCAUGACACAACUUAGGACAGGAGACAUGAUGCUCAGCUGCGUCUUCAUCACCAUUUCAUAAAACACACGAGCUGAGGUCCGAGCCGCCGCCGCCGCCGCCGCCGCUGCUGCUGAAUCCGAGCGAGGCCGCCGUCAAUAGGGUCUGCCAUGUUCCCUGAUGCCCUGGAAGCAGCCGGGCGGGUGGAGGGCCUGUCGCUGUCCUCCCCGCAGCCGCUACCAGAACUGGAGGAAGAGGAGGCAGUGGCGUCUGUGACGAGAGGGCCAAAGAGACAAGGACGCUACCGGCAGAGCCUGCAGCUUUUGAAGCCCUUCAGGAUAACUCACAAGCACCAGCACCCAGUCGAUAACGCUGGCUUCUUCUCAUUUAUGACUCUGCACUGGCUCACCCCGCUGGCGAUGAAGGCCUACAGGGCGUCCAGCCUGUCUAUAGACGAUGUGUGGGGACUGUCUUGCCACGAAGCCUCUGAAGUCAACUGCCAAAGGCUCGAGUAUUUGUGGCACGACGAGCUGAAGAGACGAGGGCGAGAGGGGGCGUCCCUGACAAGAGUCUUCUGGAGGUUCUGCCAAACGCGCAUGCUGGUGGCCAUCUUUUCCCUCCUCAUCACAAUGGUGGCCGGCUUCGUCGGGCCCGCUCUCCUGGUUCGAGCUCUGCUGGAGUAUUCCCAGAGCUUCGAGUCCUGCUUGCCGUACGGCCUGUCCCUGGUCGCCGGGAUCUUCCUCAUGGAACUGAUCCGCUCCUGGUUGCUGGCGCUCAUGUGGGCUGUCAACUACCGCACUGCAGCGCGCCUCCGUGGGGCAGCUCUGACUUUUGCAUUCCACAAAAUCCUCCGCCUGCGCAGCACUAAAGACGUGGGUCCUGGCGAGCUGAUCAACAUCUGCUCCGCUGAUGGCCAGCGCCUGUAUGAAGCUGUGUCAGUGGGCUGCCUGCUGGCUGGGGGGCCCAUAGUGGGAAUACUGGGUUUGUCCUACACCGCAUACUUCCUGGGCCCCACUGCUCUGGUGGGGUCAGCGAUUUUCAUCUUCUUCUAUCCAGCCAUGAUGCUCGCAUCCAAGCUGACGGCGUAUUUCCGCAAGAAGUGUGUGACGGUGACUGACCGGCGCGUGAGGUUGAUGAACGAGAUCCUGUGCUGUAUAAAGUUCAUCAAGAUGUACUGCUGGGAAGAUGCCUUUGCGCAGAAUGUUCACAAAGUGCGAUCUGAGGAGAGGGGGAUACUGGAGAGAGCCGGGAUCAUCCAGAGCAUCACAGUGGGCGUCGCUCCCAUCGUCGUGGUGAUUGCUUGUGUGUGCACUUUCACCCUGCACAUGGCUUUAGGCUAUGACCUCAAUGCCGCUGAGGCAUUCACUGUGGUCGCAGUUUUCAACUCCAUGACCUUUGCCCUGAAAGUCACACCGCUGGCAGUGAGGGCACUAUCGGAGGGGGCUGUGGCAGUCAAAAGAUUUCAGAGGCUCUUCAUGAUGGAUGACAGACAGGUGAUUUUGGCCAAAAUGGAGGAUCCCAGCAAUGCAGUAGAAUUUCUGGAUGCCACGCUGGCUUGGGAAAAGGCGCGUCCUCCUGCUGCCAAACUUCCUCCGAAGAAGAAGCGGGGAGGCAUGAAGAGCGUGCUGCGCAGGGAGAAGCUCAGCCUGUACAUUUCCACAGAGGACAGCAAAGGAAACAAGGAGGGUCCCAACGCGCAAAGUCUGCUCACAAACAUGGAGCAGGAGAGUCCACAGAGCACCAUCUCCUCCACUCAGAGCAUACGACCUCCACUGCAAAAGACCCUGCACCGCAUCAACCUGUGCAUUAAGAGGGGUUCACUGGUAGGGAUCUGUGGGGGUGUUGGGAGCGGAAAGAGCUCUCUUCUGUCUGCUCUGCUGGGACAGAUGACCCUGUUAGAGGGAAAUGUAGCUGCCAGCGGCGGCUUCGCUUACGUGUCCCAACAAGCCUGGAUCCUCAAUGACUCACUCAAGGAGAACAUCUUGUUUGGAAACGAGUAUGAUCAACACAGAUACGACGCUGUCCUGGAAGCCUGCUGUCUCCUCCCAGAUCUGGCAGAGCUCCCAUACGGAGACAUGACAGAGAUCGGAGAGAGAGGUGCCAACCUGAGCGGAGGGCAGCGUCAGAGAGUGAGCAUGGCUCGUGCCCUCUACAGUGAGCUCCCUGUUCUUCUGCUGGAUGACCCUCUCAGUGCUGUUGAUGCUUGUGUGGGUGCCCAUGUCUUCUAUGAAGCUAUCAAAGGUUCCGCCAAAGGCAGGACUGUGCUCUUUGUGACGCAUCAGCUGCAGUAUCUGUCUGACUGUGAUGACGUGAUCCUGAUGAAGGACGGGCAGAUAUCCGAGCACGGCACCCAUGCUCAGCUAAUGGCCAAAGAGCGUGACUAUGCCACCCUGUUCAGCAGCAUGCAGCAGGAGGAUCUGGUGAAAGAGAAUUUGAAAAACAAACGGCAGAGAACAGUUGCAGAAAAGGCUGUCAGUGGUUCUGACGUUGCCAAGGUUAGACCGAAGGUGGAAAGCAAGAGAGGAGAUCAACUGAUGAAAGCAGAAGAGAAGGGCUCCGGUGCAGUGGCCUGGUCCGUUUAUGGGGCCUACAUCAAAGCAGCAGGCGGUCCAGUAGUCUUCGUCAUCAACAUCUUCUUCUUCCUCUCCACCACAGGCAGCAUAGCCUUCAGUAACUGGUGGCUGAGCUACUGGAUCAGGCAGGGCAAUGGGAACACAUCAUUACUCUCGGUGAAUGAGACGAUGGCGAGCAACAGCAUGAGACUCAACCCUCACGUUCAGUACUAUUCAACUGUUUACGUCGUCUCCAUGGGAAUCGCUUUAUUGCUGAAGACUGUGAGAGGGCUGGUGUUUGUGAAGUGCACGGUGAAGGCUGCCUCCACGCUCCACGACAAGCUGUUCCGCCGGCUCCUCCUCAGCCCCAUGCACUUUUUUGAUACAACACCUCUGGGUCGCAUCCUGACCCGCUUCUCCCGGGACAUGGAUGAGGUGGAUGUCCGUCUGACCAUGCAGGCUGAAAUGCUGCUGCAGAACCUGACACUGGUGUGUUUUUGCUUGGCGAUGGUGGGCAUCGUCUUCCCCUGGUUCCUGGUCUCCAUCCUGCCGCUGGGAGUUUUCCUCUGCGUCGUGAACCGCGUGUCCAGGGUCCUGAUUCGCGAGCUGAAGCGCAUAGAGAACAUCAGCCAAUCGCCAUUCACCUCUCACAUCACCAGCAGUCUGCAGGGACUCUCCACCAUCCACGCAUAUGGAAGAGGACAUGACUUCCUCCAAAGAUAUCAGGAAUUACUGGACACAAACCAGGCCUCCAACUACCUCUUCAGCUGCGCCAUGCGUUGGCUGGCUGUCCGCCUGGACCUCAUCAGCAUCUCUCUUAUCACUGCUGUAGCUCUUCUCAUUGUCUUCAUGCACAAUCAGAUACCUCCAGCCUACGCAGGCCUGGCCCUAUCGUACGCUGUGCAGCUGACGGGCUUGUUCCAGUUCACAGUGAGGCUGCUCACAGAGACCGAAGCUCGGUUUACAUCAGUUGAGAGGAUCGAUCAUUAUGUAAAGUGUCUAGAGAGUGAAGCCCCCCGACACAGUCCUGAGGCCGACGGUCCUGCCCCCUCCUGGCCUCAGCAGGGAAAGAUCACCUUUCAGAACGUGGACAUGCGUUAUCGUCAAGAUCUGCCGCUGGUGCUUAAGAGCCUGUCCUUCACCAUCCUGCCCGAAGAGACCAUCGGGAUUGUGGGUCGCACAGGAUCAGGGAAGUCCUCUCUGGGCGUAGCUCUGUUCAGACUUGUGGAGCUGGCAGUUGGCUCUAUCAUCAUCGACGGGAUCAAUAUUGCACAGAUUGGACUGGAUGACCUGCGGAGCAAGCUGGCCAUCAUUCCUCAAGAGCCUGUGCUCUUCAUCGGCACCGUCAGGACCAAUUUAGACCCAUGGGAUCAAUAUUCAGAUUCUCAGAUAUGGGAAGCUCUUGAGAAGACGCACACUAAAGAAAUGGUCAGUCAGCUGCCUCACUCCCUCCACUCGGAGGUGACGGAGAACGGAGAGAACUUCUCCGUGGGAGAGCGACAGCUGCUCUGUGUGGCCAGGGCUCUGCUCAGGAACAGCAAGGUUCUUAUCCUGGACGAGGCGACAGCAGCCAUCGACACGGAGACAGAUCGUCUCAUCCAGGAGACCAUUCGCUGCGAGUUUGGCAGCUGCACCACCCUCAUCAUUGCCCAUCGUCUCAACACAGUGAUGAGCUGCAGCAGGGUCAUGGUCCUGGACAACGGCCAGAUUUUGGAGUUUGACUCUCCCGCCGCCUUGCUGGCAGAUGAGAACUCAAGAUUCAGAGCCAUGAUAGAGGCGUCGGAAAACCAAAGCAGAUAAAAGAUGCAGGAGCUGAACUUUAGAUGUGGGCUGUAGCACCAUCAAAUAUUCAGUGGAAUACCUGAAUUGCACAAAAAAGACCACACACACACACACACACACAAUAAUCCCUAUCCUGCCAUGUUGUGAAAGAGGUGUGUUAAGAAAGACAGAGACAUAUUUGCGAUAGCUGCUUCGUGUAACAGUGUCAGUUCAUUUCCACACCAAAGACCCAGGGACAACAUUUCUGAAGGACUCAUCCAAUGUAACUAUGCAAAGAAGAGCGUAAAAGCUUCCUGUUCUUUGCAGCCUUGUCAGAGUUAUUUCCUUGAGGCAAGAUCAUUUUUCUGCAAGUGAAACAAGCGAAGGAGCAAAGACUCUCGAUAAUAGCACUUUAUUUUUUCUUGUGGACACGUUGGAGAACAUGUGGUGCUUCCUUUUUGGUGUAAGUCGACUCAUCAGUGAGAUUGCAAGUUAGUGUCAGUCAUUUUAUUUCUGUAAACAAGACCUCACAGUGCACGGACUUACUGUUAAAGAGAGAAUGGUAUCGACCAUCAUAUACUUCCUAGAAUUGUUUAUAUGAUUUAUUGCAACAUUUUAGUGGAUAGUAUUGAUUAUUCAAUACUCUAUGUUUAAAAAGAAUCACCCUUUAACCUUUCCUAUGAGGCACUGUCUGAAUAUGUGUAAUGAAUUAAGUUUAAUGUUAUAAUACAAUAAUCUCUGUAAGGUAUUGCAGAUGCAAUUUGUGCCUAUAGUUUAGCUUGUUUUAGACAGAAUGCACGCACUGUGUUUUGAAAUGAGCUAAAGUUUCCUUUAAAUCCAAAUGCUGGAGUUUUGAAAUCUGCACAUUUUCCACUGCUGGUAAUGUUUUUUAUUGUGUUUUUAUCAGCAUGGUGUUGAACACAGUCAGUUAUGCAGUCGUAAUCUAGGUUUCAAGCCAUGGUACAGUUUGGUUUCCUGUGACAAAGCUGAAACUGCGCAACAUCAGGAUGUGUCUUUAAAUGUUAAAAGCUGAGGAUUGUAAACUUCUGCAAUAUCUUUCUAUUGCAUUUGUUUAAUUUCAAGAUUGCCUUUGUAUACUCGGGAUUGCAAUAUAUUUUUUGUAUAUGUUUGAUUUUUUUUUUUCCAAUAAAGAUAUUUUUUGUAUACA